AUGCAGUUUCUUUCGUCGGCAGCACUGCUGCUGUCUGCCGCCCUAUUCCAAGCUGUCCUCGGUCACAAUAUUCAGCUUCCUGCUCAUGGCCGCGAGUGUUUUCACGAGCAGCUCCGUCCCGAUGAUACCAUGACGGUCACUUUCCAGGUUGGCGACAGGGAGUUCGGCAGUGCUGGAAACUUGGACGUCGACUUCUGGAUCACGGCGCCCAACGGCCAGUACGAGACCUUCCAGAAGAGUGUGUCUAAUGGCGAUUACUCCUUCGACGCCAAACACGACGGCAAGUACACCUACUGCUUCGGCAACGAGCACUGGGGCGCGAACAGCAAGGAGGUUUCCUUCAAUGUCCACGGUAUUGUCUACGUUGCUGAGCACGAGGCGGACAAAGACCCCCUCGAGACUGAAGUCCGCCAUCUUUCCGAUCUCCUCCAAGCUGUCAAGGACGAGCAGUCCUACAUUGUACUCCGCGAGCGCACCCACCGAAACACUGCCGAGAGCACCAACAGCCGAGUUAAAUGGUGGAACCUCUUCAUUGUCGGUGUCGUCAUUGGCGAAUCUGUUUUCCAGGUCUGGUGGUUAAAGAGAUUCUUUGAGGUCAAGCGUGUUGUCUAA